AUGCACCCCUGUGCCUUCUACUCCCGAAGACUGACCCCAGCAGAAAGCAACUACGACAUCAGCAACCGCGAGCUACUGGCUGUCAAGCUCGCCCUCGAGGAGUGGCGCCACUGCCUGUUCCCAAACUCCUGUCUGUCAUGCUGUCCUGUCUGCCUGCUGAGAGCCUGCUCGCUGGGAGACCGCCUGAACACCAAGGGCUGUGUUGGCUAUGCAGGCCAAGUGAUUCAAAUGUAUGGCUGCAUGUGUUACAUCAUAAUCCUGGCCUGGGCAUUGCUCUAUUUGGUCUCAUCCUUCAAGUCUCAGCUUCCCUGGGCCAGCUGUGACAACAUCUGGAACACAAACAGCUGUAUUGCUCUUGUAAAUAAUGCCAACUGGACCAGACGGGUCAACUCCACAUCAGCAGCCACUGAGUUUUGGGAGCGAAGAGUGCUUUCUAUCUCCAAAGGUAUUGAUGAAGUAGGUAACAUCAACUGGGAGAUUCUCCUGUGUCUAAUUGCAAUGUGGAUCAUAUGCUAUUUCUCUGUAUGGAAAGGAGUCAAGUCCACUGGGAAGGUGGUGUAUUUCACAGCCACAUUCCCCUAUGUAAUGUUGCUGGUGUUGCUGAUUCGUGGACUGACUCUCCCUGGAGCCAUGCAGGGUGUUAUUUUCUACCUCUAUCCUGACUUCCAGCGACUGUUGGAGCCUCAGGUAUGGAUGGAGGCAGCCAGUCAAAUUAUCUACUCUUAUAGUACAGGUGUGGGAAUAUUGACUGUGCAAGGCAGCUUCAACCAAAGCAGCAACAACUGCUACAGACAACCAAUUCUCAUUAAUACUGUUAAUUGA